AUGGGCAGGUUUGGUAAUCAAUUAGAUCAGCUUUUGGGUUCGAUUCAUUUUGCUAUACGUUUGAACAGAACUUUGGUAUUACCACCCUUUUUGGAGUACCCAUAUGGGUUUGUUAAGGUUGUAAGUUUUUGUAAACUACUAUAGUUUUAGUUUUAUUAUAAUUUCAGUUUUUCUAUUAGGUAAUGAUAGACGAAAGUCAUAGUUUAAUAGUUAUAAGAUUGUUUUUAGGAGCCAAAGCCAUUUGAAAACAUCUUCAAAAUAGAACCUUUCCAAGAUGUGUUGCCGGUUAUCAGUAUGGAAGAGUUUAUGGAUGACAUUGCUCCGGAUAUUUGGCCAAAUUCUAAGAGAUAUGGUAAGAAGGCUUUUACUGCAAACUCAUGGAUAAUUUUGAAAAAAACGCGUUUUUGGACCUUUCAUGUAAUAAAAUGAAAUUUCUUCUAUUCUUUAAACUUAUUUGCAACACUAAAUUAAUAUUUUAGUGUUUUGCCACCGACCUCGUACCAGCCCAAUAGCACCAAAUAGCCCAGCUGGAUGUCAUAGUAAAGAAGGGAAUCCAUUCGGAGUGUUCUGGGAUCAUUUUGGCGUAGAUUUUGUUGAAGAUAAGUACUUUGGAGACAUUGGAUUGGCUCUUGAUGAUAGAAAUGUUGAAAAAUGGAUUAAGUUGUAAGUAAUUGAGGUCUGUAAACUGGUUUAAACGCUAUAAAAAGGUAUAUAAGUACUAAAACUUAUAAUAAUAAGCAAGAUUAGUUUGCAAAAACAUUUUUAAGAGUGAUAAAAGGAAACAAACCUUAACAGAAGAAAUGAAAAUGUUAUUUUAGCAGUGAAAAAUACCCAGUUCUGGCCUUCACAAGUCCUCCAGCUGGUUUUCCCUCACCAUCACAGUACCAUCAGUACCAAAAAUACUUGGAAUGGAAUGAUGAUAUCUUGGCUGAAGCUGAAAACUUCAUUAAAUUGCAUUUAAGUCGACCGUUUGUGGCUGUUCAUUUGAGGAACAACGUCGAUUGGGUGGGUAACAUAAUAAAGAAGCAGAAAGAACGAUUUCGCUUAUAAUUACGAUGAUCUAUUUAAAAAUGGAAUUACAAUGCCGUUAGUUAUUGAUAGGUUUACAAUUACUUAUAUAUAAAGCUUAUAACAUAUUAUCAUAAGCUAUCUAAACAUAUCUUUUCAGGAACAAGCUUGUACUCAUGUCAAUCCUAAUCACCACUUCUUCGCUUCAGCUCAAUGUACGGGAGAAGACUUUGAAGUUACAGUACCUUCAAAGGAGAUAUGCUUUCCAAAUAGAAAUACAGUAAUCGCUUCGAUCAAAGAAGUUGUUGACGAUGUUGGAGCCAAAAGCAUCUUUGUGUUUAGCGACAAAGAUCACAUGAUAUCAGAAUUAUACAAAGAGUUUGGCAGGGUAUGUUAUUGUUGAGGGUAGGGUAGGGUGUAGUUGGGUAUGAUGUGAUAUGGUAGGUUAAGAUAGGAUUGGGUAGGGUAGGGUAGGUACUAGUUGUGGAAUCACUCCUUUCGUUUCCGAUGAUUAACAUGAUACGCUCCAUUUCCUUGACUGUCCAGAUCAACCUCCGUCUAGCUUUGACCGCCAUACUCUAAUAUUAGAAUCCACUUGUUAACGUCGGAAGCUGACACAUUGUGUAGAACAUUCGUUUAUUAUUUUUAACCUUCAUGUUAAUAUUUUAGAAAGUAGCAGUACGGAAACUAGCCCAACCGGAUCCAUAUGUCAGUUUAGCAAUUGCAGGACUAUCUGAUCACUUCAUAGCCAAUUGUAUGUCAACAUUCUCUGCCAUAACAGUACGACAACGAAGAUAUCAAUGUGAAAGUCCAAAGUCUACCUCGUUUUUUGGCUUAAAUUUAACAAAACCAAUAAAGAAUCUGGAACUGUAA